ACCCAGAUGAAAGUGCGAACGACACUGAAAGGAGACAACAGCUGGAUACAGAAGAGAUCCAAUUCUGAGGAGGAGCAGAAUGACAGCCCAUUGCAUUCAACACUGAGAAGCAGAGGUGCAGAUGGGAGAUUUCCUGUCUCACCUGGAACUUUGUCGCCAAAUCGCAGUAUAACAUUUUCAGAGCCUCCUUCACAAGCUGAACCCCAGUCUCCUUCAGCAAAAAGUCCUCCCAGAAAGUCUCCCAGCAGCACCACAUCACCUUCUGGUUACCUUAUCAGGGGGGUUUUCACCAAAACAAUUGAUAAGGCAGCAUCUCCUCCAAACACAGCGUCAAAUGGCUCACAGAAAAGUGCCAAGAGUGCCAGCCUGCCCCGUUUCUCUCAAGGGUACAAGAUGUCAACCGAGGAGUAUAAGAGGCUAGCACCCUACAAUGUCAAGCGAGAAUCCUCGGCUCCGAAUGAAGUGGGGUCUUCUGUCUCCCCAGACGAGCAAAAAAAGAGGACUGAAGCUGCAAGCAGUGUGCUGAGGCGGACGGCCAGCAGGGAACGUUCCUAUGUCCUUUCCGCUGCAAAGAAAAGCAAUGGGAGCCCCAUACAAGAAGCACCUCCCUUUGAGGCCAAGAGGGUUGGCUUUGAAGAUGAUAUAGGCCCCCGUUCCAGAAGUCAGACUGUCCCUGCAUCAGCAUGGUCCAGCAGUCGUGGGAAAAGCAGCACCGAUGGGGAAAGAAGGGGCAUGUCUGGGUCUCCCUGGAGUGAAUCAAGAAUGGCCAGUGCUGCCUCUGCCACCAGCAUUGACACAGGGCUCAGGAGUCAAGCCCCCGAAUCCUAUUCCAACUCCUCACCCAUGUACAACCACUUCAGUUCCCUGGAGAGCAGGAAUAAUUCAGAUCAGGAGAAGAGUGAAUUGACUUCCUGGGAUGACUGUGCCCCAAAGAUCACUGCUUCUUCUUCAAACAGAUGGGAGAAAGAUGAAGGAAACUUUCAGUCCACACCAGGUGUUGAAAGACAAGGUGCCAUUCUUUUGGAGGACAGCUGGGAAGCAAGAAACCCCAGAAGUGCAUUGGUGAACCAAAUGCCUCCGGCUCCUCACAUCACCAUCUCCCCAGAGGCAAGCCCAAAGAGCAGACCCAGCAGCCAUUAUCGAACCCGAAUUGUUGACACCACAGUCGAGACGCACCAUCGGUCCAAGCUCGGAGAAUACCCAAGUGACGUAGCUGCUGAUUCAGCAAGAUCUGCCCUGGAUCACACAGGAGGAAACUCCUCCAGAGAAGUCAGAUUUGAGAGCCCAAAUGCAAGAGUUGCAGAAUUUGCUAAGCAUCAGCCAGUGACAGCAAGGGACAGCAUGAAUGCUCUCUCUGGAGCGAAAUACAAUGUGCCUAUCCACCUCAAUGAUGAGGAGGACAUUGGCCCGAAAAGAUCUUUCUCGGCUUUCGAAAGGACGUCCGCACGAGAGGCGGCGUAUGAGAGUCCAAGUGAUACGGAAUUCAAAAAGGUGGAAGCUCAUCUGGCCAAGUCCGGCUCGUGGUCUAGUGAAAGCAGCCUGAGCACCACCAGGACCCAGAGUGAGCUCCUGAGAGCUGCCAAGAGGGAGGACUCGGAUCUAGACAGUGCCAGGUCCAGCUCCCUGUCCAUGGAGAGUGGUGUGGUCACUCCAGAAAGCCAGGAGGGAGAGCAUGCAUCAGACUCCGACACAGCAAGCAAGUCCUAUUACCCCUUCAGAGACAACUAUGCUACCAGCUCCCCAAGAAGUCACAGAGUGCCUUUCUAUAAAGACAACUGCGAGACAGAGAUCAGAAGAAACCUGACAAGCUCCGAUGAGAAAGCUCUGUUUCCUUCCAGCACUGCAGCAGCUUUUUCUCAGCCUAGGAAUCCCUCGGCCUCUGGAUACGACUCGGACCACAUCACGCCAAACAGAGGCCUCCUCUUUGUGAAGGAGUCCGUCAACAGCACUGAGCGCUCCUCCUCGCCACGCUUCAACAGUCGCAGCCUGGUUGAUUUGUCUGAACUUGAGAGAUCAAACUACAGCACUGUCAGCUCUCUGAACAGCAGCCCCCCCAAAAGGCCUGCGGAAGACAUCUGCACUUACUGUGGCCGGGAGAUCCGCCAUUGUGCUAAGAUAACCAUUGAGAACCUCAAGAUCUGCUGCCAUGAAUACUGCUUCCGGUGUGGGAUUUGCCACAAGCCAAUGGGAGAUCUGCUGGAUAAGAUCUUCAUUCAUCGAGAUAUUGUCCACUGUGAUAAAUGCUACGAAAAGCUCUUCUAGGAUUUCCUGGGCUGAAAGAACCGGAUAGAAGAAUUGCUACUUGCAGCCAAGCAGACUGGGAUGAUCCUAGUCACUUCUGACCAGCCAGCAUACCUCUUCCUCUGCUCUCAAGUUACUCCUCUUUUGCUGCUUUCCCCCAGGGAAAGCAAUUCACAUCUCUAGUUGAUUUUGCCAGCCACUGGCUAAGGGGAGAUCCUGACAAGAUCAAAGAAAAGGAGGCCUGAGAUUCUAAGGUGCUGAGCACUUCAUUGGCCUUCAGGGCGAUUUGUGGGUGCUUAGUAAUUCUGAGAAACUCAUCGGAGAUCCAAAUUAGGCAAGAUGUGGGAAACACAAAUUUGCUGUAUAUUUACCAGGAGCUGUCUAUCUUUUGCAGUUCCUGUUCCUGGUAAGCCUCUCUCCCAGGUUUGCCUUUGGAUAUAUAUUUUUUUUAAGGGCUAGUGUGCACAUGUGCAGCAGAGUUCACUAGGUUCCCUUGCUACUGCUUUUCCAGGAAGGGAAUGUUCCUGAAUGCAUCUGAGUUUUAUGAGUAUUUAUUCUGAAACAAGUGCAACAUUACGUUGUGAGAUUCGUCAUUCUUAAGCUUUAGGAGAGGGAAAGGUUAGAGUCUAUUUGCUAACACACACCUGCUUCAGAUAUCACUGCAGACAUAGCAGAAUACAUGAAUGCAACAUACAGCAGCCUGCAUAAUAGCAGGGUGUACUCCUUGAUGUGAGAAUUGAGGUUAUACAAGAGGCAGUCCCUAUUUUUAUCUGUGAAAUGCUGGUGGUUAUAGGAGACACCCAAAGUAGGUUAUAUUUUUACUUUGUGGUCCCGGGAAGCUCAAUAUUUGAUCAGUGCCAUGGUCGAGAAAGGCAGAGAUGGGAAUGUUACAAUCUGAUAGUCAUUCAUUUCCUGAUCAAAAUCACCUUCUUGAACUUUUUCUGUCUUUGCAGGAAAAGCUCUAUCGACCUGAUAUCUAGACUCUCGGAACUUUACAGCUGGAAGGGACCUUGGAAUCUUCUAGUGCAGGGUUUCUUAACCUUGGGCCCACAGAUGUUGGACUACAACUCCCAGAAUCCCCAGACAUGGCUUUUGUGUCUGAGGAUGAUGGGAAUUGUAAUCCAACAACAUCUGGGGGCAGGGCCGGACUGGGGACACUGAGAGGGCACCAGAAUUUUGAGCAGAAUAGGUAAUUAAGGGUGGGGCGCACCGGGAAUCUGCCCUGUUGCCCAGUCUGAGCCUGUCUGGGGGCCCAAGGUUAAGAAACCCUGUCUAGUGCAUUGCUAUACUUAGUGCAGGAACUUUUGGCUCUCUAAUUGUUGUAUUCUGUUGCAGAGACAUUAAAAUCUCUUCCCUUGGA